CCCUAGUCAUCCAACUGACGUGCGUCACGACGCCGCGUCUCUUUGUGCGCGGUUUCAUCUAGCGGCGACAUUUGUUGUUAUUUUCACUACAACUGAACAAAAAUACAAGACCGACCGUGUGUGUUUUGUUGUUUUUUUGUUGUUUGGAGCCAUUCCAUAACAAGCAAACUGCCCCAUUCCAAGCAUCUACAUCGGUUUGUCACAUUCUCGAUUAUUAACCGAGUAAUGGACUCAGACGAAGGUUAUAACUAUGACUUCGACGAGGACGAAUGUAGCGAAGACAGCGGCGCAGAGGAACCGGGGGAAGACACCCUGGAGUUAGGCGAGGACGAGGUGGAACUGGUCGAUCCCGCCGAGGCCGGAGGGGAACGGGACGAAGGUUUGGAGACCGGGGGAAGUGGUCAUGGGACCGGGCAAGAGGAAGAGGACUACCGCUUCGAAGUGCUGACUGCCGAGCAGAUACUCCAGCAUAUGGUGGAGUGUAUCAGGGAGGUCAACGAGGUCAUCCAGAAUCCUGCAACAAUCACCAGGAUCCUUCUGAGUCACUUCAACUGGGACAGAGAGAAGCUCAUGGAAAGGUAUUUCGACGGUAAUGUGGAUAAGCUGUUCUCAGAGUGCCACGUCAUCAACCCCUGUAAGAAGUCGAGGACCAGACUGAUGAGCACAAGAUCCGCUGCCCAGGACCUGCCCUGUCAGAUCUGCUAUCUAAACUACCCAAACUCAUAUUUCACUGGCUUAGAGUGUGGACACAAGUUCUGUCUGCAAUGCUGGGGAGAUUACCUGACAACCAAAAUCAUCGAGGAGGGGAUGGGACAGACCAUCUCCUGCCCUGCCCAUAGUUGUGACAUCUUAGUGGAUGACAACACAGUCAUGCGCCUCAUAACAGACUCUAAAGUGAAGCUGAAGUACCAACAUUUAAUUACCAAUAGUUUUGUAGAGUGUAAUAGACUGUUGAAGUGGUGUCCUGCACCAGACUGCCAUCACGUCGUUAAAGUCCAGUACCCCGACGCCAAGCCGGUCAGGUGCAAGUGUGGUCGACAGUUCUGCUUCAACUGUGGGGAGAACUGGCACGAUCCUGUCAAGUGUAAGUGGCUGAGAAAGUGGAUUAAAAAGUGUGACGAUGACAGUGAAACAUCCAACUGGAUUGCAGCUAAUACCAAGGAGUGUCCAAAGUGUCACGUGACCAUCGAGAAGGACGGCGGCUGCAAUCACAUGGUGUGUCGGAACCAGAGCUGUAAAGCUGAGUUCUGUUGGGUCUGUCUGGGGCCCUGGGAGCCGCACGGCUCAGCAUGGUACAACUGCAACCGCUACAAUGAAGACGAUGCCAAGGCAGCCAGAGAUGCACAGGAGGCGUGUGCGUUACAGCGCUCCAGAGCAAUGUUACAGCGGUACCUGUUCUACUGCAAUCGUUACAUGAACCACAUGCAGUCGCUGCGCUUCGAGCACAAGCUGUACGCCGGGGUCAAGGCCAAGAUGGAGGAGAUGCAGCAGCACAACAUGUCCUGGAUCGAGGUGCAGUUCCUGAAGAAGGCCGUGGACGUGCUGUGUCAGUGUCGCUCCACUCUCAUGUUCACCUACGUCUUCGCCUUCUACCUGAAGAAGAACAACCAGUCCAUCAUCUUUGAGAACAACCAGGCGGACCUGGAGAACUGCACGGAGACGUUGUCAGGAUACCUGGAGAGGGACAUCUCCCAGGAUUCCUUGCAGGAUAUCAAGCAAAAAGUACAAGAUAAAUACAGAUAUUGUGAGAGCCGGCGGAGGGUGCUGCUACAACAUGUUCAUGAAGGCUAUGAAAAGGACCAAUGGGAGUACAUAGAGGAUUAAGAAGGACCAAUGGGAGUACAUAGAGGAUUAAGAAGGACCAAUGGGAGUACAUUGGCCUCUCCUCAUGGACCAUCUCUAGAGAGAAUAUAUUUUCUUUGCCCCCCCCCCCCCCCAUCCCCCCUCUCUCCUCAUGGACCAUCUCUAGAGAAUAUUUGUUCUUAGUCCUUGGGGAGAGGAUAUCUGUGUUCUGUAAGUGUUUCUCUCUACUGUCUCUACCCUCUCCACACCAUCUCUGAGUAUCUCUUCUCGAGAGAAUAGAAUAUCUCUCUCUUCUAACUUCUGCACAUCACCAUGGACUAUCUCAUAGUUUAGAGAAUAUCUCCUGGGACACCACCCACCAUUACAUCCUACUCACCUCCCUGGUUGAAUGGAAACUGUCAAAGGAAAUCAUCAAUAAGAGGUAGAAUAUUAAAACAGUGUUGAAGAAGAAGACUGACCAUUCAAGAGUGGAUCGAUUUCUGGUCCCAGUCCAUCCCUCCUGGCCGGUGUUACUGAACUGCAUCAGAUUUCACAUCGAAAAUCAGCUAGAACAGCUGCUGCACAUAGAGCUGUGACAUCUAGAACAGCUGCUGCAGUUAAGUCUGAAGGUGACAGCAAAGUGGCCAUCGUUCAAAACCAAUCCUUUUUUUUUUCUUCGCCCCAGGCGUUUGGCAAAUUUCGGACUCGUUCUCGCCCCCGAAAUGCUUAUGUGUUGACACAAUUAUUAAGAAAGUAUAAUUAAAAUGAUAUGUUUGAUUUUAAUAAAUGUCAUUACUGGGA